AUGGUCCGCACAGUCGCCUUCCUAGCCGUGAUGAUGGUCCUGGUGAUGGCAGGCAGUGAUGAUGCACCGCCCCGGCCUCUGCUCGGCAGGGUGUUCGGUGCUGUAAUGGGCGCAGCAGCGCCAACUCGCCCACCAGUGGUGCCUGCGCCAGGGGUAGUCCCUAUGGCAGGACCAGCAGUUCCAAUGGGGCCAGCAGUUCCAGCCGGCGUCCUGCCAGCAGGACCAGCAGUUCCAGUGGGGCCAGCAGUUCCACUGGGACCAGGAAUGGUGCCAACUGGGCCUGCUCUGCCAGUAGCGCAUAUGGCUCCGACUGCGCCGAUGAUGCCAGGUGGAGCUGCGCCAAUGACGAUGACUCAUGGAGUAUGGCAAGGAGUUCCAAUUGGGCCUCCUCACCAUUAUCCUUCGCAUCUGUUUGGUGCGCCAGGAUGCGGCCAUGCGAUGACUGGUGGCGCCGGAAUGCCCGGCCAUUGCCCAGCUGCUGUGCCGCCUGACCGCUCCACAGGGACCACGCCUGCUGCUGGAGCGCCUGGUGCAGAUGCUGUGGCAAAGGCAUCUAGUAAGGCAGGCAAUGAUGUGCCUCCUGCAGACACAAGCUCAUUACCUCCUUGGCGAAGCAGCAGACGUGGUGCGACGCCGGAAGCUGUUGAAAUUGCCAGUUCGCCAAGUACUCCCGCUGCAGCCGAUCCAGGGCCUUCGGUUCCAGCACCUUCUGGCAGCGCUGUUCCUGCCGAUGCUACAGCCGAGCCAGGGGACAAGGGCAUCAAUUUUGCCCUGAGGGUUUGGGCGGUGACCGCAGUGGUGACCGCAUUGGCGGUGCAGGUAGCAGCCCUGGCGGUACCACCUACACCGGCUACCAACACAGUCACCCCUGCUGCCUCUGGCAAUCCUGCAGCAGGAUCCGGUAGCACUGCCACGGCUGUGCUUGAUGAGUUCCAGCGUCAAUUGCAAGGCUCCAAACAAGUCACUGUUAGAGAGAAGGUUCCGCUGGAGCCUGAGCUGCCUGCCUCCCAGAGCUUCUGUGGCCAAGCUCCCGCUCUCCCCUUGGGAACAUGGACGGUGGCCAGUGACUGCAGUGGUUUGUGCACAGAGGGUUUGGCUUCGAAUCUGAGUCUCUUCCAGCAGAGCUGUGGGCAGAUUGUGAUCUGUACUGCGUUGGAUUCCCGUGUCAGAGUUAUUCCAGAGCAGGUCGAAAAGGAGGCGCCCAAGAUGACCGAGGAGCCCUUAUGGCGCAUGUUCCUGCCCAAAUCGUGUUACAACGUCUAUUGGGGCAAGAUGUCUACCGUUCAGCAUGGAGGAUUACCUCACCACAGGGAUCGCUUGUACGUGGUGGGAAUUCGUGCUGACGUGCAGAUCCGGGCAUUCCAGUUCCCAACGCCUUUCCCAAGACAUAUCACUUUGGAGCAACUGUUGGGACCUGGAGUUGAACCCAAGAAGGACUUGGCAAGCAUGACUGUGGAUGCUGAUGGAUCCAUGCUGAGCAACACAGUUCGUAAGAACUUGGCGCAAUUUCAGAAAGAGGUCUCUCAAAAAAACCUCCUCCAUGCUGACUGGAUCGUCGACUGCGGCGGGUCCAAGCCAACAUACAUGUUGGGCAAGUGCCCAUGCCUGAUUCUCAGCAGGUGCAAGGGGAAACAUGGUUACUGGAGCCAAUUGCACCAAAGGUUCUUGGGCCCCAAGGAUUUUUUCUUGCUCCAAGGCAUCCCUGUGCAUUCCUACUGCUACGAUUCUUCCAAGCACACAGCUAGCACUUUGGGCGAGCUGGCUGGCAACGCAAUGAGCGUUGCAGUUGUGAGACGAAUUGUUCGCCAGAUCCUUUUGGCCAGAGGCAUCCUGGACGAAAGGGUUUAG